AUGGGUGAUAUUAUACGCAUUAAGAGGCAUCACUAUGUGCACAUACUAGACAAUAACACAAAUGUUACACGAUGUAUGGUGGGGCCGUUGGUUUACACACGCAAGGAGAAUGAACGGUGUCUUUUUAAUCCAAAGCCAUGCAUUGUUGUGCCACCACGAUUUUAUUGCAUCGUCCAGAAUCCUUGUGUGCGGGAUGCGUCUGGCAAUCCAGUGAUUGGGGAGAACUCCAGUGUGAUGCUGCGCAUGGGGGAGGAGGAGAUUUGCUUUGAGCAGGAGCCGUUUCCGUUACAACCGGGGGAAGUGCUGAAGCGAGAAGAAGAGGAAUGGCUCUUCAAACUGAAGUUAAUUCCUGUCAACACGGGAUACCAUGUUCGUUGUCUCUGCGAUUUUACAGAUAAGAACUCCGUGUUGAGGCGGGCUGGGACGGAGUGGUUGGUCGAAGGUCCGCAGACAUACGUGCCACGCGUCGAAGUCGAAGUUCUGCGAGAGGUCCAUGCACAUAUCAUCAGCCCAAAUACGGCGUUACAUAUCCGCGCCCUGGUGAAAUUUACAGACCGUACUGGUGUGCCUCGUGAAGCAGGGGACUUGUGGACAGUGAGAACUGUUGGCGCGUACCUGCCGGCUGUGGAGGAAGAUGUCAUUGGCACCUUUCAAGGCAUUACACUGACCGACACCGAGGCCGUCCACUUGGAAGCCCUCUCAAACUUUACGGAUGUUUACGGAAAACGACGGAGGGCCGGAGAGAGAUGGUUAGUGACAAAAGAAGAUGCUUCUAUACAUAUUCCUGACGUCCAUGAAAAGGUUAGUGGCAAGGUGCGGGCGAUUGUGCUGAAUGAGAAGGAGUACUGUGUCGUGCAGAAUCCUCUUGGCGCGGACGGACUGAACGAAUUCGGACGAAAAGAAGUACGUAAAGGGGAGUGCCGUUUUUUCCUUCACCCACAGGAAGAAUUACUUGGCGGUAUGCAGCCCAUAAAUGUGGUUAGCAAAGAUCAAGCUCUCCUGCUUCAGGCGGUGGACUUUUUUGACGAUAAUGGAAAGAUUCGACGCCCUGGAGAAAAAUGGAUGUUGCAUGGGCCCGCAGAGUACAUCCCUGAUGUGAAUGUUCGUAUAUUGGAGCAGCGGAAUCUCAUUGCGUUGGACAAAAACGAGGGCAUCUACGUCAUGAACACCACCACGGGCGUGGUGCGGGUUGUGAUUGGGAAACCGUACAUGCUGAAUGAGAAUGAGGUGCUGUGGGAGAAGGACCUUUCCCCAAAAGUGGAGGAGUUACUUGCCUUUGCGAAUGGUUGCAUGUCAGAAGGGGAACGAAAUCCGAGCUUUAAAAGUACACGUGUACGGCAUCGCGUUGUCCGUUUCAACGUCCAACACAACGCGGCGGUGCAGAUCUAUGACUAUAAACAGAAGAAACUCCGUGUUGUGCUUGGGCCAAAUUUGGUGAUUUUAUCGCCCGAUGAGGAGUUUACAGUGGUUUCACUCAGUGGGGGAAAGCCAAAAGUACCCAAUUUGUUGCAUUGCCUGCAACUUUUUUUAGGCCCCCGCUUCUCAAGCGACCGCAUCGUUGUGGAGACAUCGGACCACGCCCGUCUGGAGCUGGACCUUUCCUACAACUGGUACUUUGAUGUAAACCGUGAGGAACCGGAUGCUAAAAUAUUCUCCGUGCCAGAUUUUAUUGGGGACUGCUGCAAGACGAUCGCCUCGCGUAUUCGUGGCGCGGUGGCCGCGGAGGACUUUGACUCCUUUCACCGUAACUCCGCAAAGAUCAUUCGUGUGGCCGUCUUUGGCCGCGGUGAGAACGGUGAAAUCAACACAUCCCUACGGUUUUCAGCGAACAAUCUGGUGGUGACGAACAUUGACAUCCAGUCUGUGGAGCCGACGGAUGCCAAGACGAGGGACAGCCUGCAGAAGUCGGUGCAGCUUGCGAUUGAGAUCACGACCAAGUCCCAGGAGGCCGCCGCACGCCACGGGAAGGAGCGCAAGGAUCAGGAGGCGAGGGGGAAGCUGGAGCGGCAGAAACUGCUUGAUAAGAUUGAGGUGGAGCGGACAAAAACGAAGUGGCUGCAGCUGCAGGCCCAAAGCGAGGCCGUGCAGGCAAGCGGACAGUCCGUGGCGGAGGCCAAGGCCAAGGCGGAGUCGCUUCUCAUUGAGGUGGACUCCGAGUUGAAGCAGGCGGAGAUGCGGGCAAAGGCGUACCGCAUCACGGCUGAAUCGGAGCUAAAGAAACAAAAGCAGAAACUGGAGCUCGAAUUGGAGUUUACAAAAAGGCAGAACGAACUGGAUAUCAUGAAGGCGCGCCAAAUAGCGGAAACUGAGGCGGAGCGGGUCCAGCGCAUGGUGAACGCCAUUGGACGUGAGACGAUUGUGGCGGUGGCACAGGCCGGGCCCGAGAUGCAGGCAAAGUUGCUUGGAGGAUUGGGCCUCAAGGGUUACCUCAUCACGGACGGCAAGUCACCGGUAAACUUGUUCAACACAGCCCAGGGUUUGAUUGACGCCGGGAGUUCCGCACAGGAGCACUCGUAA